UUUGGAUUUUGGUGGACUUGUUUCCUUGGGAGGAUAUUCACUAGAUCGAUACAAUGGCCGGUGCACCUCCAAUUACGACAAGCCCGACUGCAUCCAGUAGUCUCCUGCCAGCAAAAUCAUGGCAACACUUCGUAGCAGGAGGUCUGGGUGGAAUGUGUGGUGCAAUCGUCACGAGUCCAUUUGAUGUUGUCAAGACGCGGUUGCAGUCCAGUCUUUUCAGGGAGAAGCACACUUCAUUCGGGGUUGUAGGAGGUGGUGUUGCAGCGCUCCCGCAGCGUUCAAGUGGUUUGUUGUGGAAUUUUGUCGAGACCGGACACAUUCUACGUGACAUAUACCGUGACGAGUCUCCAAAAGCGCUUUUCAAAGGCCUUGUGCCAACUCUAGUCGGUGUCAUACCUGCCCGUUCAAUCAAUUUCUACACGUACGGUAACGGCAAGCAAAUUAUCGCCAAUCAAUUCAACCACGGACAAGAAAACUCCUACGUCCACCUUGUCGCAGCUGCAACUGCUGGUAUUAUAACGGGGACAGCCACAAAUCCCAUCUGGGUUGUCAAGACGCGUCUACAGCUUACAGCAUCGGAACGUCGACAUCCCUCCUCACUCGCAAGUAUGAACCGAGGAGCAAUCGCUGGACCUUCACGCGCCCUCGGAGGCAGUUACAAUAUGAUCACGCAGAUCUACCGUCAGGAGGGCAUCAAGGGCUUUUACAAAGGCCUGAGUGCGAGUUAUUUGGGCGUGACAGAGGGAACCAUUCAAUGGGUGCUCUAUGAGCGCCUGAAGAGGUUAUCUGCAAACACUGAAGGUCGUGGAGGCAUGACCGAGUGGUUUGGAAUGCUUGGCAGCGCCGGAACUGCGAAGUGCAUCGCCAGUUUAAUCACAUAUCCCCAUGAGGUACUACGGACGCGACUACGACAACCGUCUGUGAACGGCGUCAUGAAGUACACUGGUCUUUGGCAAACGCUGCGGACCGUUAUUGCCGAAGAGGGAGCCCGCUCCCUUUAUGGCGGGCUGAGUGCGCAUUUAAUGCGUGUCGUCCCUAAUGCAGCGGUGAUGUACUCGAUAUACGAGGGUGUCUUGCGAUGGGGAAAGCACAAUUGA